AUGACUGAAACCGAGUUCGGCUAUGAGUGGCAAUUGGAAAAGGAGCAGGACCUCGCCAUGGUUCUCACUGCCAUGCUCAACGGACGCUGCUGUGGCCGCAUCAUUGCGCCUGUGGAGAGUGACAUCAACAACUUGUACGACCGCCUGAGCUCUCAUAUCCGUGAAAACGUGUUGCCUGCCGUGGACUUGAUUUUUGAAACCCGUUCUCCCGAGGAAGCGUUGCCGGCUAGUACGCUGGUGACAUGGAAUGAGACUGAGCGGUGUGUUGUUGUGCACACGCACGACAACAUGUUACGAUUUAAUCAUUUUGAUGCAAAGUUUCGUGUGGGCGCGACCACUACACUUGCAACCCACGAGGACUUGCUGAACGAUCUGCGUGCCAUCACUGUGGAGCACGUCACGCGCCCCUUGACAUGCAACGGGACAUUGACCAUUAGUGACGUGAAGCAUUUGAGUGUCGCCGAGAUUGAGCAUCAUGCCAGUCAGAACAAGGAACGCAAACCGACUACUUUAGAUGCACUCGUAAACCCUGAGCUGUUGUACGCCAAGCUGGAGGAGCAUUUCAAGCGCUACGCUGUCGAGCUCUAUAAGGUCACAGCGGAUGGAAGGCCGAUUAAAACGCGUCUGGCUGUUGGUGUGCGCGAUGCUGAUGCCUGUGUCACGGGCAUACCCCUCUGGGCAGAAAAAGAGGCAUAUGGCUCGCUUUUGGAAAAGCUGAAGAAAAAGCUCAAAGACAUUGUCACGAAAGAAUGGUCUCGUCUUUUUCCCACACCCAACAUGCAAAUGAGCAUCGGCAUACUUGAGGUGCAGUUUGAAGCAGACGUGAUGCCCAAACUGUUGGGACCGAAGCAACAGGGCACUGUGCUGUUUGCAUACGAUCCCAAGGUGGUAAAGCCGCUUCUGGAGCACGCUGAGUGGCACUUGGUUGCUACUUGGUUUACGGAAGGACACAACAAGCUCGGCAUUGUCGUCGCAAACAAGGACAACCUGAGACUCAUCGGGUGUGGAGCCAAACCGUGCCAUCUUGAGUUGGGCAAGCCCUCAAAACGGCAAACCAACGAGACAACGUGGACACACAUCGGCACAGAGGGCCUGCAUUUUGCCCUGGUCGCUCUCGAUGUCAUCAACCUGGUGCCACAUGUCAUGAUCGAGUUGAUUACCCUGCCGAAUGCGGCAAGUUUGGUCUCGAGCGCACCACGCCUAUUGCGUCCCAGCAUCAGCUCAUGUGCCACCAUAGUUCAGGCUGCAAAUGGUACGCAGGCUCCUGAGCCGCCUGCGCUAUAUGGCCUCUCACCGCUUACAACCUGGGCGCUGCUGCGACGCAACGAUAUCGCCGACCUUUCCAGGCUGUGGACCGAGCCAUACAAAUCCUUCUAUGACGUACAUGUCGUGGCUUUUGCAGCAGAAAUCACGGCACCAGCCUCCAUUUACAUAGAGCUGCAAACUCACGUGCGCGACACACUACGGCUAGCCAUAACCUUUCACAGUGGACCUCUCGAGAUUAUAUCACCUGCAGAGGACAAGAAGGCCCUGGUAUUGGUUUGCUUGGGCAUCACAAUGACUUCGGAGAACAUGCUCUGGUUUGGAUACCACCAAUCAGCCAAUUUCUAUCUUUACGAUGUCAAUCCAAAGCGGCUACACCAUAGCAUGACGGUGAUGCUGGACCGUUCGUUGAAAGUGGCUGAUGUGCAAUUGCUCCGAAAAUGGGAUGACUUGUGCGUUCCACAGGUGUCUCCCACCGCCAUCCCGCUACCUUCAGAAGAAGGGCGUCAGCUCAUCCGGGCGUGGCUGGCUGGAGAGGCGCAUACCCUGCAGAAGCGUGAGCUAAAACUCAUUUUGAAGCAGUGGUUUGAAGAUGACGCGUUGAUCAAUAAAAUUUCUCCAGCGCGAAACGGCGAGAAAGAGGCCAUUGAAAGGAUUACUAGCCUCUUGCGUCCUGGUACUGUUGCAAAUUGGUGCGUGCAAGCAAUUCUUCCUGGGACUGGAACGACAACCUUUCUACGCCGGGUCGCACACGGCCUGCGACAACACCAGAACAUUCGGGUGCAAAUUCUGGACAACGACGAGGCAGUGGAGUGGCCAUCCGAGCAGAUGUUGAGCAGUGAAUGCAGUCCACGAUUCGUCAUCAUGCUGGACUCCCGUUCUGCUCAAGACGCGGAGCAAAAAGUCAUGGACAGCGCCAAAGCACAUCUCAGAUCGCACGCAUCGUUGGCAGUUGUUGUGGUCAAGGUGGUAAUGUGCUUUGGUCCAGCGGCAAGGCCCGAUCUGCAGGAGUUUACACUUGACCCCAUUAUGACGCGCACCGAAGCACAAGCAGCCGUGGACGUGUACAAGUCUUUCUUUCCGGAGGCGUCAAGCUUGGAUGAUCUUGCCCAGCAAGAAGAACUGUUCAUCUGUCUGCCUGGCCUUGUGGUGACCAAUCAUCGUGUCAAGAGGUCAAAGACCAUCAAGCAGGCCUUGGAUGAGAUGCCUUAUGCCCGUGAGCUCCUUGCAGUCCUCGCGCUGCUGGAGAUUUUCACCUUGUCUUGCAACACGCAGUGGUUCAUUGAAGGUCCUCCACUUGGAGAUCACAAAUGGCUCGUGAGGAACAUUCUGCCAGAAUCUGGUCGGCUCUGCUAUCGCCUCAACAACUGGUUACUUGCAGUACCGAUCCUCGCUGCAGUGGGCAUCAAAGCCGCAUUUGACGCAGACGCGCCUGGUGGCUUGCGCGUCAGCGGCAAUGGAAUGCUGAUCAAAAGGUUGUGGUCAUCAGCAUUCAUUUGGCUUGAUCAAGCUCAACAAUGGCCACUGCUCAAUUUUUUGCUACACAAGCGUACCCACGGCAUGCCUCAUUGGCUGGAGGUGCUGAGUGCUCACGUGAAUCAAGGCACCAUCGAUCAUCUCUUCAAGGAGCUCAUCAGCCACUUCAGCAGAAGCUAUGAUGCAGGACGCCCGAUCAGCGAUGGAGCUCGCAAGAAGCGCGGUCAAAGCUUGGUGCAGCUGUAUGUGCUUCGGGCGGACCGUUACAAAGAAAGAGGAAAAUGGGAGCAGAUGUUGCUAGACUUGGAUAACGCCGUCAACGCUACCCAGUUUACCCCAUCAGAUCAGGUGGCUCGGCUGCAUCGUGCUCAGAACAUUGUUGCAUGUGCAUUGUCAACGGGUUCUUUGGUUCAACCGCAACAUAUCGACUCUGCGAUCAAAGACUUUCGCGAGGCAAUCUCCGACGAGUCUAACCUCUUUCACAAAACUGCGCGUCGGUGUUACGAGCAAUUGCAGGCAAGGGCUUCGUUGCAACAAAAUCAUGAGACACCUGCAGUGCGCCUCUACAUUGGGCUGACAAACCUACUUGAAGAUCAGCCCAGUACACAAUCUUCCGAGUCGACCACUGAAGGAGCAGCAACUCCUGAAAGACCAGCGCUCCCUGCUCAAGAGUUUCCAAGCACGCCCAGAGGACAACAGCAAGGUCACACGGAUCUCAAGAGCAUCUUAAUCCGUCUCAAUGAAUACCUGGCGAAUCUAGAGUAA